UGAGGACACGCGUCACGUGGGCGACUGCUCGCGCGCCGUGACGGAGGCGGCGCCGAGGAGGCGGAGCCGCGUGACGCUGCGCUGGGAGGCCCCGCCCCCUGGGGCCGGGUGCGUCUCCCUCUCGGCGAGUUUAGUGAUGAAGCGAGUGAUCUGGUUCCAGGAGGAAGGGCCUCUGACGAGAACUUUGUGUGAGAGAGGGCGGGAGGAGGAUGACACAAAGAAGCCCAUUCCACAGUGCUGUGCCUGCGACACGGCCAAGUACCGUCUCACCUUCUAUGGAAACUGGUCGGAGCAGACUCACCCCAAAGACUACCCCAAGUUCUCCCCCCAUUGGUCGGCCGUCAUCGGCGCCUCCCACAGCCGCGGCUUCAUCCCCUGGGAGGUCGGAGCCCUGGCGAGCGAGGGGGUGCGGAGGGUGGCUGAGUGGGGGUCGCCAGUGGCCCUCGAGGACGAGAUGAGGGGGCAGGGUGACGAGGUGCUCACAGUCAUCAAGAUGAAGCCCCAAUGGCCGGCAUGGCAACCAAUCAGUGUGCGAGCUCCGCCCUCUGCCGAGUUCUCGGUGGACCGCACGCGCCACUUGAUGAGCUUCCUGUCCAUGCUGGGGCCCAGCCCCGACUGGGCCGUUGGCCUCUCGGCUGAGAACCUCUGUACCAGAGGUUGUGGCUGGGUACAGCGAACCAGUCACGACCUCAUCCCCUGGGAUGCAGGCACAGACAGCGGAGUGACAUACCAGUCCCCCAACUCCCCCACGUUCCCCCCCGAGCCGAUCCGACCUCUGACGUCACUGGAGGGGCUCUCGAGCCCCUUCUACGACCCCGAGGGGGGGCCCGUCACUCCCGUCGCCAGAGUCGUCAUCGAGAGGCUUGCUCGCAAGGGCACGCAGUGCAACACGGAGGCGGACAGCGUGGACGACGUGGUGGUGAGCACCGAGGUGGACGAGCAGAGGGGAGCCGACGACGACACUCCAGAAACCUGCAUCUACGCUGCCUGGUCCCCUUGGUCCUCCUGCGGACCCUCCUCCACCUCCUCGUCCACCUCCUCGUCCACCUCCUCGUCCACCUCCUCGUCCACCUCCUCCUCCUCCACCUCCUCCCCACCGCCCCCCGCGUCUCCCGCGUGGCCGUGCCCCCCCGGGCGCCAGCUGAGGCAGCGGAUGCUGAAGGCCCAGCUGGACUUCUCAGUGCCAUGCGGAGCCACACAGGACUCACGAACCUGCAGCCUGCACACGUGUCCACAGGUCGUGGGUGGGUGGGUGGACCCCCACCCGGAGUGCCGCUACUCCGAGUGGAGCCGAUGGACUCAGUGCUCCGUCUCCUGCUCCGCCGGAACCCGCUCGCGCUCCCGGACCCUCAUCGGGAACAACAACAACAACAACCACAACAACAACAACAACAAUCAGCAGGGAGACCCCAACAACAGCAACAAUCAUCAGCAGCAGCAGCAGCAAGGGGGGGCUGUUGGAGACUCGGAGUGUCCCGGAGACAGCGUGGAGAGGGAGGCGUGCAUCGUGAAUGAAGACUGCCUGGUGCCCCCAGGCUGCGCCCUCUCUGAGUGGACCACGUGGUCUCCCUGCUCAGCCAGCUGUGGGGUGGGGGGCCGCUCCAGGGCACGCGCCCUGAGGGGGGGGGGCCCCGGG